UGUCCUAUACACGAGAAGGACACCAGUUAUAGCUCUCGUAUUCCUGUUCAACAAAACGUUCGCACAGGAAAAAAACGCUAUUGGUGUCAUGAAUGUGGUAAGGGUUUCAGUCAGAGCUCAAAUCUGCAAACUCACCAGAGAGUCCACACAGGGGAAAAACCCUAUACAUGCCAUGAGUGCGGUAAGAGCUUCAAUCAGAGCUCACAUCUUUAUGCUCAUUUGCCUAUUCACACAGGAGAGAAGCCCUACAGAUGUGACAGCUGUGGAAAAGGCUUCAGUCGUAGCACAGAUCUUAACAUUCAUUGCAGAGUUCACACCGGAGAGAAACCUUAUAAAUGUGAGGUGUGUGGGAAGGGCUUCACUCAGAGAUCACAUCUUCAGGCCCAUGAAAGAAUCCACACUGGAGAGAAACCAUAUAAAUGUGGGGAUUGUGGUAAACGCUUUAGUUGUAGCUCAAAUCUUCAUACCCACCAGAGAGUACACACCGAAGAAAAACCGUACAGAUGUGAUGAGUGUGGGAAGUGCUUUAGUUUGAGCUUUAAUCUUCAUAGUCACCAACGGGUCCACACAGGAGAGAAACCGUAUAAAUGUGAAGAGUGUGGUAAAGGUUUUAGUUCAGCCUCAAGUUUCCAGAGCCAUCAGAGGGUCCACACAGGAGAGAAACCAUUUCGAUGCAAUGUGUGCGGUAAAGGCUUCAGUCAGAGUUCGUAUUUUCAAGCCCAUCAGCGAGUCCACACUGGAGAAAAGCCAUACAAAUGUGACGUGUGUGGGAAGCGCUUCAAUUGGAGCUUGAAUCUUAACAAUCAUCAGAGAGUCCACACAGGAGAGAAACCCUAUAAAUGUGCGGAGUGUGGUAAGGGCUUCAGUCAGGCCUCAAACCUUCAGGCCCAUCAGAGUGUCCACACUGGGGAAAAACCAUUCAAAUGUGAAGCAUGUCAGAAACGAUUCAGUCAGGCCUCACAUCUUCAAGCCCAUCAGAGGGUCCACACUGGAGAGAAACCAUAUAAAUGUGAUGCGUGUGGUAAGGCCUUCAGCCAGAGGUCAAAUCUUCAAGUCCACCAGAUCAUUCACACUGGAGAGAAACCAUUCAGAUGUGAGGAGUGUGGGAAGGAAUUCA